AAAAUAAAAUAUCAUCUCUUUAGUCUCAAUUUAUAGGCUUCUUCUGUUGUACCUUAAUUCACCUCAAAAAGUUUAAAACUUUGAUCUGAUUUUAAUCUGAAAAUUCAAACCCACAUUCCUCAACAAGUUUCAAUUCGAUUCUUUGAGCUUGGUCAGAAAAUGGGUUGCGUUGGAAGUAAAGAAGAGUCUCCAAAACCAGCCACUGGAUAUUCAAGACAACAACAACAACCACCACAAUAUCAAGAAACACAGCCCAAACCCACCACUGCUCAGCCUCAACAGCCACCGCCAUCAGCUCCUCCUCCGGUGAGACCACCACCAGCAAAAAGGCCUGUUCAGAAGGCAGCUACUGUGCUUGGCAAACCCUUGGAUGACAUCAGACAGUUCUACACAUUAGGUAAAGAAUUGGGCAGAGGCCAGUUUGGUAUAACUUAUUUAUGCACUGAGAAUUCAACUGGCAAGUCAUAUGCUUGUAAAUCCAUUUUGAAGAGGAAACUGACUAGUAAAGAUGAUAGGGAAGAUGUUAAGAGGGAAGUUCAGAUUAUGCAACAUUUGUCUGGUCAGCCUAGUAUUGUGGAGUUUAGGGGUGCUUUUGAAGAUAGGCAAUCUGUUCAUCUUGUGAUGGAGCUUUGUGCUGGUGGGGAGCUUUUUGAUCGGAUUAUUGCUAAGGGGCAUUAUUCUGAGAGAGAUGCUGCUACGAUUUGUCGUGAUAUAUUGAAUGUGGUUCAUGCUUGCCAUUUUAUGGGAGUUAUGCACCGCGAUCUUAAGCCCGAGAAUUUCUUGUUAGCUAGUAAGGAUGAGCGAGCUAUGCUUAAGGCCACUGAUUUCGGACUGUCUGUGUUCAUUGAGGAAGGGAAAAUAUACCGCGACAUAGUAGGUAGUGCUUAUUACGUUGCUCCUGAAGUGUUAAAACGAAGUUAUGGAAAGGAAAUGGAUAUCUGGAGUGCAGGAGUUAUUUUAUAUAUUCUACUCAGUGGAGCACCUCCAUUUUGGGCUGAAACUGAAAGUGGAAUAUUUAAUGCCAUUCUUCAAGGACAUAUUGAUUUUGAAAGUCAACCUUGGCCAUCUAUAUCUGACAGUGCCAAGGAUUUGAUCAGGAGAAUGCUUACUCAGGACACAAAAAAGCGAAUUACUCCUGCACAAGCUCUUGAUCAUCCAUGGAUUAAAGAUGGAGGUGCAGCAUCGGACAAGCCAAUUGACAGUGCAGUUCUAUCCAGAAUGAAGCAAUUCAGAGCAAUGAAUAAGCUUAAGAAGCUUGCUUUGAAGGUCAUUGCUGAAAAUCUCUCUGAAGAAGAAAUUAAAGGUCUCAAAUCAAUGUUUACAAACAUGGAUACUGACAAGAGUGGUACUAUCACCUAUGAAGAACUGAAAACAGGGUUGGCUCGACUUGGGUCAAGGCUUUCUGAAGUUGAAGUUAAACAACUCAUGGAAGCCGCUGAUGUGGAUGGAAAUGGCACAAUCGAUUACAUUGAAUUUAUUUCUGCCACAAUGCAUAGAUAUAGACUGGAAAAAGAUGAGCACCUAUACAAAGCAUUUCAGCACUUUGAUAAAGAUAGUAGUGGGUAUAUAACUAGAGAUGAAUUAGAGUCUGCUAUGAAGGAGUAUGGAAUGGGAGAUGAAGCUACAAUUAAAGAAAUAAUAUCAGAAGUUGAUGCUGAUCAUGAUGGAAAAAUCAACUACGAAGAGUUCUGCACGAUGAUGAGAAGUGGAGUACAACAAGUUAGAUGAACAAGAGGGUCGGAGUAAAAUUCAGAUUUCUUGGACAAGCGUUUUAAUGUGUGCAGAUAUGUUUUCUAGAUUGUUUAUUUUCAGUUUCUCAUGUUAUCUUGCUAUGGAUUUCAUUCAGAAUUUGUUUUCAUUAUAUAUUCUAUGUACGAUGAGUAUUAUGUUGAAUAUCAAGUGUUUUGAGGUUUUAGACA